AGUGAUAGAAUAAAUGCUGGCAUAACUAAGAAAAACAACAUUUUACCAUUAUGGGGAAAUACACAAACGAUGAAUUUGAAUGCGCUAGUACUAGAAAAUAUUAUUCAGUGUACGUAUUAUAAAAACUACCUUUCCGAUACUACAGGAUUUCAGCAACUUACCGAGGAGAUUUAUUACAAUGUUAAGCACCUGGAACCAUGGGAACGUGGCACUCGAAAAACACAAGGAAUGACCGGCAUGUGCGGCGGGGUACGAGGUGUUGGCGCUGGCGGGGUUGUGAGUACGGCUUUCUGCCUCCUUUACAAACUGUUUACCAUUCGCCUCACAAGGAAACAGUUGGUUAGCAUGAUAAACAAUCGCGAUUCACCGUACAUACGUGGCAUCGGCUUCAUGUAUAUUCGAUUCUGCCAGCCACCACAAGAUUUAUGGGCAUGGAUGGAACCUUAUUUGGAUGAUGAAGAACAAAUUGAUCCACGCUCAGGGACUGGUGAUAUGAUGGCGAUGGCACAGGUUGUGAAAAUGAUGCUAACCAAAUUGGAUUGGUACGGCACAUUGUUCCCUCGCAUUCCUGUUCCUAUUCAGCGAAUUGAUGAGCACAGGUAUCGAAGUCGCAGUAGAUCGAGGGAUCGUUUAAGAGAAAGAUCCAGAGAUAGGGAAAGAGACCGCGAGAGAUCUCGAGAACGAGAUAGAGAUAAGGAAAGAGACAAAACAAGAGGACGAUCUCGUGAUAAGAAACGAGAUUCCAGGUUAUUUUUUUGUGCAUGA